CUGUCCCUGCGGGUCCUGAGCUCCGUCCCGCUUCAGAACGCCGUUACCGGGUUCGGCCCUACGGCUCCGGAGGCUUCGGGCAGCCCGGGGGGUGCAGUUCGGGCCCUCCCCCGGGAGUCCCCAGGUGACGCUGCCGUGGCCGAUGUCCCCGGAGGCCGGAGGAUGAGCAAGCCCACGGACCUGCAGCACGACCUGGAACGCAGCCUCCCAGCCAUCGCCUCCAUCAGCUCCUCCUUCUCCCAGAGCCAGGGCUUCUCCCCAUACCUCUUCUCCCCCGAGAAGAGAAAAGCCAUCUCGGAUGUGAGGAGGACCUUCUGCCUCUUCGUCACCUUCGACCUGCUCUUCAUCUCCCUGUUGUGGAUCAUCGAGCUGAAUACCAAGGAGGGCAUCAAGGAGAACCUGAAGGAUGAAAUCAUCAGCUACAAAUUCAAGACCUCGUUCUUUGAUAUCUUUCUCUUGGCUCUGUUUCGCUUUCUUGUGCUGCUCUUGGGCUACGCCGUCGUCCGCCUGCGCCACUGGUGGGUCAUCGCGGUCACUACCCUGGUAUCCAGUGCCUUCCUGAUUGUAAAGGUCAUCCUCUCCGAGCUUCUGACCAAAGGGGCUUUUGGGUAUUUACUUCCCAUCGUGUCCUUUGUCAUUGCUUGGCUGGAGACCUGGUUCCUGGAUUUUAAAGUCCUAACUCAGGAAGCAGAAGAGGAACGAUGGUUCCUGGCAGCCCAGGCUGCAGCCUCGAGGCCACUGCUGUACCCCCGAGCCCUCUCCGAGGGACAGUUCUACUCCCCACCCGAGUCCUUCGCAGGCUCAGACAACGACUCGGAUGAGGAAGGUGUGGGGAGGAAGGCCUUGACAACUCAGGAAAAGGAGUAUGUCCGGCAAGGCAAAGAGGCCAUGGAGGUUGUGGACCAAAUCCUCGCCCAGGAGGAGAACUGGAAGUUCGAGAAAAACAAUGACUUUGGUGAUGUUGUUUACACUUUUGAAAUCCCUUUCCACGGCAAGAUCUUUAUUUUAAAGGCUUUCCUGCAGUGCUCUCCCGAAAUGGUUUACCAGGAGGUGAUUCUGCAGCCCGAGAAGAUGAUCCUGUGGAACAGAACAGUGGCAGCUUGCCAGAUCUUGCAGCGGAUUGAGGACAACACGAUCAUCUCGUACGACGUGGCGGCCGGAGCUGCCGGCGGGGUGGUGUCCCCAAGGGAUUUUGUGAACGUGCGUCGGAUCGAGAGGAGGAGAGACAGGUACGUUUCCUCAGGGAUGUCGACCACGCACAGCCUGAAGCCUCCGCUCUCCAAGUACGUCAGGGGUGAGAAUGGACCUGGAGGAUUCAUCGUCCUGAAAUGUCCCAGCAAUGCCAAGGUCUGCACCUUCAUCUGGAUUCUCAACACGGAUCUGAAGGGUCGCCUGCCCCGCUACCUGAUCCACCAGAGCCUGGCUGCCACCAUGUUCGAGUUCUCCUUCCACCUGCGCCAGCGCGUGGCCGAGCUCUGCUCCAAGCCCUGAGGACAUUCCAGAGCCCUCUGUGCUCUGUGGGGAUGGGGACAGGACCCUGCACCCCCCCAGGGAGGGGUCCCCCCGCUGCCAGCCAUGGGCUGAAGCCAGGGGGGCUCAGCCCCUCCUCCCACCACGGUUGCCCCCGAUGGGGAGCCAGGACCCGACUGUUCCGUGCCAAAUCCCUGCCCUGCCCUCCCCGGGGGGCUGGGCCGGCCCCCCCCUCCCCACGGAUGAGUUGGGGGGCUCAGCUGGCACCCCCAGAUUCCUGUCGCUGCGCCCCAAUUCCGUGAGGAAGAGGGGACAGAGGUGGUGGCCGUGUCAGUGAGGGCUCAGCUGAGCCCCGGGCCAGGCUCUGCCCCUCCACCAGCAGCUGAAGUUUGUGGCCCCCCCACAGCCACGGUGACCCCGGGGCUGUGCCCCCCACCCUGGGGACAAUACUGGGGACCCCAAAAACCUCCCCUUGGCGCUGGCCGAGCCCCCUCCUUCCCAAACCUGCAGCUCUUGGCGGAGCCAGCGCGGGAUUUGCCUUAAGCAGAGACUCGGAUCCUUUUUUGGGGGUGUCGUGGGGGGGUGUUGG